AUUUGAUGUAAUUUGUUGUACUUGAAUUCAUUAUAGUGAAAGCAUAUAGCUUCUUCCUCUAAAUCUCUUCUUUCUUACUUAUUCUCUCUUGUAUUCUCACCAUAAUUGCUAGUAAGGUUCCGGUAUACCCAUGGACAAUUUUAGAUUCAACAGUUCUGUUAAUAUAGAAUUAAUUGUUUUACAUGACGUGACUUGUUCGUCACCAUACAAAGUCCACCUAAAAAAAAAAUGAAAUAAUCAUUCAUUUUAACAUUCCAACUGAGAGAUGCAUAUCUUAAAAUAUGAAUAAAGGAUAUUUUAUUAGAGAAUGAACCUCAUUUCUGUAUCCAUGGGAUAUUGACGGCUCAAAUUUGGAGGAUCUUCUUGAGUCCAAAUUUUCAUAGUAUUGUUGAUUUUUGCCGGAUCUGACAUCUUGUGCCAUAUUAUGCUUAGAUUUAUGUAUUCCAUAUUUGGAUGCAGCAAAAUGAUAUCUAGCUCUGGAUACCUGCGGCAUUACUUUUUGAAACUGAACUGUUCAACUUCAAAGAAAAAGCCCGUUAUAAUAGCUCGGCUUUCCAGUUCAUUUUAGUAAUGGUUUUCAGGAAUUUGUAAAACCUUCACAUCUUCUGCCAGCAACUGAGGUCACCACAUAUCCCAUGCAUGUUCCCGAAGAGAUCAUUUCUUCUCUGGAAUUGGAUCAGCUAAGUUCGUUCUACAUAAUCGAGCUACACACAAGCAGAGACUUUGGAUCUUGUUUGAGAGAUCUCAAUGCUGCUGUAUUGCUAUGUUUGAUAGAUGAGAAUGGUAAAUCAAUCCUGCAAAGGAUAUCUGCCGUUUCACUGGAAAGAAAGGAGAAAGAUAUGAUAAUCUCUGAAUACAUCCACUUCCAGAGAGGCUCUAUUGAUAUUGUCACCUUUAAAGGCCCAAAGCUAGAAAAGAUAGCAGCACUCUGGAUUGGCCUUGAAUCUGGUUCUUGGAGAGUGGAUGCUGUUAGUCUAAAAAUAAUAAAUACAUCAACACCCUCUUCAUUAACUGAAGGCAAUGAGAGCAGUUUCUCCGGCAUGCUGUAUAAAUUUGAUGCAAACUGCUUACCACUUGGUGAUAGAGGAUUGCCUGUUGUUGAACUGAGACCCACCCUUUUGACUCAAAUAGCCGAGAAUGAAAUUUCUGCUACAGAAACUCAAUAUUCUGAUGCAGAGCUUUCAAAAGAAGAGAGCAUGAAAGAGUAUGGUGAUCUGAAACUCUCGUUGCUGCUUUAUGACUUUAUUCUCGUCGUUGCCGGAGCAGCUAUUUUGGCCGUCUCUUCGAAUGAGGUCAAUGCUUAUUCGUUCUUAGCUGGUGGGAUUAGUGGCUUCUUCUAUCUGUUGCUGCUUCAGAGAUCAGUUGAUGGUUUAUCUGUUCCAUUAUCAUUAACAGAAGAUGAUGAGGUCGAAAACUCAUUAAAAAGUUAUGGAGGUCUUAAAGGAUUAGUGAUGAGUUUAGCCUUUGUAAUUGCUGCCAUUAUUGUGUCAUCCAAAUAUUGGAUGGGAGGUAUAAAUAUGGUUUUCUCUGCUUCAGAGUUUUUUGCUGGAGUUGCAGGAUUUUUUGCAUGUAAGAUAGCUGUAGUGCUUGCAGCAUUCAGGCCGGUACAGACGAGUGUCAAGGAAAACAAAAUUGAGUGAACUUUGUAUGUUUUCUACUCAUUUGAGAUGUUAUAUACUUGAUGUCUGUAAUAGUAUAAUAUCUAUGUAAAUAGCAAUGUUUCAAGUGCCAUGUAUGCAUUUGUCCUCUUUAAUGUAUUUUCAUAUCUGAC